AAGUGAGGAAAAGAGACGAAGUGAGGAAAGGAAAUGUUCCAGGACAGGAGAGUUUUUAGACUGAAUGAUCAACCGGAUGUUCUGUGAAUGACGUAGCAGUUAAACUCUGAUGACGACAACAUAAACAUGUUACGCACAUGUAAACAGAACGUCAUCUCUGACCGCGCAGAACAAACCAACUGAGCACAAACGGAACCAAAACCACUGACGAUCAUUCCACCGGCGUAAAUGACGAUGAACGCACCUUUGUGACGUCAGAUAUCAGUCUCAAUCUGUAGCUUCCCGCUGACAGACAGCAGACAUGGCGGAGUACAGCCAGGUGGGCCUGCUGGCGGCUCUGCUGCUCUUCACGGCUCUCACGGUCCGGGACAUCUACCUCUGUAGAUCGAGCCCGCAGCGCGGACACCCUCCGGCCGACAGCCCCGGCCUCUCCCCACCGGUCACAGAGCCCGGGAAACCCGCCAAACCCUCCCUGUACACCGGGCCGGUGCUCCGGUUCCAGUAUUGUAUCUCCUGAGGUUACAGUAAAGUCUUUCAGGAGUACUCUCACACCAUCAGCAGACUGUACCCCGAUGUCCGCAUCGAGGGAGGAAACUACCCCCCAACCCCCUUCAACAGGUGUGUCGGUAACCUGGUCUCUUACCUGAAGCUCCUCUCCAUCCUCCUGAUCGUCAGCGGUCAGAAUCCCUUCCUCCUCCUCGCUCUCCAGACUCCUAGAGUCUGGACCUGGAGUCAGGACAACAAGAUCUUCUCCUGUCUCAUGGCCUUCUUCCUCUGCAAUAUGAUGGAGACUCACUUCCUGUCGACUGGAGCCUUCGAGGUCAUUCUGAAUGAUGUCCCAGUCUGGUCAAAGCUGCAGUCAGGUUAUGUCCCGAACAUCCAGGAGAUUUGUCAGAUCCUCGACAACCACUUGAAGAUGAACCAGGUGGAUCACAUGACUUUCUCAUCCACUUAGAUCUGCACACAGCCGUGCUGCAUUCAGUCGUUCCGGCCCAAUGGGAAGUUCUGCCAGUGGCGUUCAUGAAGGUCCGGCCCUAAAGCAGACUCUGCAGGGCUUGGCCGGAUGUCCCCCGCCACAAAUCGAACACUCCCUCUGCACCUGGUCACAGCUCAGCACUACAGUACCCACAAUGCACCUGUCAGCAGGUGGAGUCUCCUGUGUUCACAGACAGGCUGAGGUCCAGGUUUAUCUUAUUUAUUGAGUUUGAUGUUGGAUUCUUUAUAAAACUGCGCAACCACAAUUAGCUUCAUGCUAACUAGCCUCUGUCUGAACAGGAAGUACCAGACAGGAAACAGAAAGGCUCAGUCUCGUGUCUGUGCUAGUUCUUUUUAAUGUCGUCAUUUUUGUUCAAUCUGAAAAAUGUGUGAAAUAAAAAUAUGAAGUCCA